AUGUCAUUCUUAUUACCUUUUAUGACGCAUAGGAACACUUUAUCUAAUAUCGGCGAGAGCGAAGAAAACCCAAAUUCGGAUACAAUAAAUGAAGACUCUAACAAAGAUAACAACACACAGCAGAGAAAACGGAAAAAUAACAAUAAUUAUCAGGAACAAAUCUUAAAUUUAAUAAAAGCAAGAUAUAAGAGUAAAUCAGAAAAAGACGACAUUGAUUUAUUCUUUGAAACAAUAGCGAAAACAGUGAAGAAGUUCCCUAAAAUAGACCAAGUUAAAUUAAAAUUUGACAUAAUGAAACUCGUCCAUGAAAAAGAAAUGAGGUGGCUGGAUUCUCUGACAGAAUCUUCUGCUUCUUCAAGUAGGAUCUCAGAUAUAUCAACACCAUCACCUCAACCGUUCAUUCACCGCAUGUCUUCUCCUUACUUAAGAGAAUAA